GCCUAUCCGAGGGCACCUACCUGCGCAGGUCUGAAAAGUCAGCUUCAAGAUCGUGCUAGAAGCUUCUUCGAGGCGUCUUCGAGACGCCUCCCGGACACCGCAAAUGUCCUCCAGGGGAACCUCGGCCGCCUGCGAGCUAGAAGAAGGCGAAAUCAGCGACGACGCCGAGGAAACGGUCAAGUUCGAGUCCAGUCGGGCUUCGCGCGUUCCUAGGCCUCCGCCUUCAAAGCACCACUUCGGCAACAACUCUCACCCUGAUCCUAGCCCUCCGAGACACUACAAGAAGCCGUUGCGGUGCGCGAACACACAAAACGGACCUCCGCCGAGCGUAUACGGCCGAGGGGCCAAGUUAAAACCUCGGGAACCUAGGCCUAGCGACGGUACCCAACGCGGGCGUUCAUCGCCUCCCCUUAGGAAUGCCCCCGUGUCUUCGAGAGAACGGACUGGUGUUACGAACACGUCUCAGUCGCCCGCUAUAGGCGAGGGCAGAGGACGACGGAGCUCCCAGCUCGAACACUACUCGUGGUUUCGGCGAUCGGAAGGCGCCGAACCUCGUAGGGAGGACGACGCACAGAAACGGUCUAGGAGCACGCCUCUGAGGACAAGGAACAAAGCCAGCCCGUCGCCGCCCCCGAGUGCCCGCAAGAAUCAUUCUCAGCCUACAUUUCUGCAAAAUACGGUCAAGUCAGAACCAUCCUACGAAGAUCUCUUGGCACAGUACAGAAGCAUCCAAAACCAAUUGGAAGACCUGAAGAAACAUAGCAUCGAAGAGCAUGGAGCUUCCAGAAACGCAAAUGGAGACAAGUCAGCUUCCAGGAAAGCAGAUGGCAAGAAGAAACGCCACCAGCCAAAGUGCAGGAAAGCCAAAAAGAACCUCUCGGAAGCGAGGGACGGCAGCUCGGAAGCCCACAGGGACAAGUGCACGUCCGAAAAGCCGGAAGUCCACGAAGCAGAAGUCGAGAACGGUGCUGCACCCGUCGAGAACGGCCAUCUGUCGCCAGUGUUGCUGGACGUCAGUGACAUCAGCGACGACGAGGAGGACUUGUUGGAGCUGCGGCGGAAAGCCCUGGAGUCCAUCAGGAAGGCGAAGGAGCGGGAGGAAGCCAAAGUCACAGACAAUGAGGACGACAAUGUUUCAUUGCUGGUGUUGGAAGAGUUGCCGUCGGAUCUCUUGGAGACGGACCUUCCAAUCCAGGAAGUUCAAGAGAAGCAGCAGCUGAAGAAGGGCCAGAAGGCACCCUGGUACGACCGGGAGCUGACGCAGCAGAUGCGGCGCAAGGACCGGGCGUAUCACAAGUGGAAGCGGCACCCCUGCUACGACAACUGGGAGGCGUUCAAGUCACUCAAGCGGGAAUACAACCGCAUGCUCAAGCGCAAGCGGGCCGCCUUUGCCCAGUCUUCCUCCGACGGCGCCACCGUGAUUGUGGCUGCAUCUGCGGUCGACGAGCAGACGAAGGCGGGGGUUCCCGAGGAGGAGCAGACGGCGGAAGGGGACGUCGAGGCGACCCCCGCGGAUUCGCCGGAGGUGGCCAUCGUGGAUGCGGCGGAGUCGUCCUGCGACAGCACCACUCUCCCCCUCGAGAGCAUCCCACUGCCGGACUUUGUGAGCGGCGACAACUAUGAGCCGGUUGAAAUGGAAGUGGACAGUGACGAUGCUACCGAGACGCCCACUCUAGAAGUCCCGGACGGAAGCGAAGACGAAGACGAAGCUGCCCUCAGGGAGCAGCUGUUGCAGGCGGUCAUGCGGAACCGAGUGACGAAGGCACCGACCACCGAGCCCCGGCUGGAGGGCUCCACGCAGCCGGGGAGUCCCGCCACGCCCGUGCCACCCUCGGCGGGCGCCACGCCCCCUGUCGUGGAGUCUCCCAAGGUCAGGGUCAUGCAGAGGGCCCCCGCAAAGAGGACAGACUCACCGUUUGGGGACACCAGGAGGGCGGCGCCGGUGGUGAUCAACCUGGCUGCGGACGACACGACGGAGGAGGAAGAGAGUGAGGAUGAGGACGCCCUGUUGCCCAGUGAAGCCAGCUUCUCCCUGGGCCUGGACCAGCUCCUCAAAGAAGCUCGGAUGAAGGCCCAGGGACCACCGCCGGAAGAGCCAGCGCCGCCCGCAGUCACACUGACACCUGCGUCGGUGCUGAAGCUGUCGCAGGCUCAGCAGCUGGAGUACCGCCGGCUGAAGGCGGAGAUUGCACGCCGGGAGCUGCGCAGCGCCACCGCUCCCACCGUGAAGAUCUCGGCCGCCGAGCGCCAGCAGCUGAACAAGCAGCGCAAGCUGAAGCAGCAGGCUGCCAUGCUGCGCUCGCUGCGGGCGCUCGAGAACACCCUGCACGCUGAACGGAAAGCACUGCGGCUGGAGGACAAGCGCAUGGGCUCCCUCCGAACAGAGGUGCUGACCAAGAAGUCGGCGGUGCGCGGCACCCAGGUGCGCAUCCAGAAGCUCAAGGAGCAGCUGGCCACCCUGGAGAAGGUGGUUGCCGGUCACGUGACCGUCAUACGCAAGGCCAACGUGCAGCUGCAAGCACUGCAGGGGGAGGUGGACAAGCGCAAGGAGCACAUUGUGGACCUGGAGCGCCAGUGCCAGCACCACGGAAGGGCGCUGUACGGCGCCAACUACAAGGUGCCGGCCACCGCAGAUGCGCUAAGCUCACCCGCGACCUCCGCAACGCCCACCAAGCGGAAGAUAUCCAUCGGCUCGUUCCAACAGAUCCAGAAGCGAGCACGCGUAAUGGCGCCAUCCGAAACAGACAACGCGGCGCGAUUGAGGCGCACGGACGCCGCUUAUUUGGCCGAGAAGAUCCGGCUGCAGAAGCUGGAGGAAGCCAUGAGGCUCAGGCUGCAGGAGCUGAAGCAGGCCUCCGGUGCCAAGGGGGCGACGACGCCGCAGUGUGCAUCCACUCCUGCGACACCUCCACCCCCCGCCACGGUGCCUGCCACAGAAACGUCGCCGCCCAUCGAUCAGACGUUGCCAACGAAGUCAACGACGCGUGUCGUUAUUGCCGCCACUGCGGCUUCCAAGGAGAAGGCAAGGAUGGAGAAGGCGGCUGAGAAGGAGAACCUUGUCGGCGCUCUGGCUGGCGUCUGCAAGGCGAAUCCUUGCGUCGAAGAGAAGGCGGAGACGGCAGAAGAGAAGGCACUCAAUCGAAACCAGAGAGCAAUGGAGGCGCUGUUUGUGGCGCAUUGCGCCAAGCAGACGCUGGCGAGUCUACCCCAGGUGAACGCCCUCGUCUCGACGGAGUUCCCCCUGCCCCGAGAGGACACACCACGCAGGCUAGAGCUGUGCCUGCUGAAGCCCCAGCGGGAACAGCUGUCUCCCGCCGCCGCCACCCACCACGCCGUGGACGUAAGCGAGCCCUACCGUAGCCCCCUGUGCCACCUGGGCUCGUACCGGCUGAGCCCACACCUGCUGCGCCAGCCCGGGGCCUGGCUGGAGGGCACCGCCCACGCCCACAAGGUGCAGCCCCGCGUGCACCUGUGCCGCUACGAGCUGGACGGAGCCUGCUACGACGACCACUGCACCUGGCAACAUGCAAAGGACUACGCCUGCAGCCCGGAGGAAGUGCUGCUCGAUCUUGCCCUCUACUCACCCUCCUUAAUUGGCGUGUCCGCCGACGACUCCGCUCAGCAGUGCAAGGCCAAAGCAGAGACGUAUGUGGCCAACAUGACGAAGAAGCAUAAAGGUCUCGACCUGAGGUCGCUGUGUCGGCUGGUAGUCACCGAAGUCAACAGGAGCCUAAAAAAAGCCGCUCCGCACUACUCGAGCCUGGAGAAGCGCCGGUGGUCGCUGCGACAGUGCCAAGGACCGGUGGGGGCAUCGAGGUCUCCGGAAGCGGCCGAGAAGCCGACGUUACUGGCACCGAAGAAAGACUGGAAGAGCCUGCUGCAGCGGAGGCUGGAGCCCAGCGAGGACCCCGAGCUGGCGGACCUGGAGCCGGAGGUGCGCUACUUCGACUCGUGCCACCUGGGCAUCCAGGCCCUGGAGGAGGUGGUGGCCCAGGAGCCGCACAACGUGGAGCUCUGGCUGCGCCUCGCCUACCGCCACCUGCACAACCGGCGCGGGGGUGACCCAGAGUCCAGGCUGGACCAGGCCCUGCACGUGUUCUCUCAAGCCCUGGAGAGCAACCGGGGCAGUCCGGAGGUGUGGUGUCACUACCUGGGAUGGUACGGGGCACACCCGCAGUGCCAGGACCUGGCCUACCUCUGCCGCCGUGCGCUGGACUACUGCCCGCACAACUCCGUCUGGUGGAAGAGCGUGACCCUGGCGGAAGGGGUCCAGGCCCAGGGCCAGCUGUGCCAGCAGCAGCUGUACCACCUGACCCAGGGACUGGCCAAGGGCGACACCACACCGGAUUCCGGCUGGAUCCUGGAGGUGCUGCUGUACUGGGCACGCCUGAGCUCCCUCUCGGGGAACCUGGCCCUGGCCUUCCUCAUCCUCAAGACGGCGGUGAAGUCUGUGAUUGGCUUUGAGCACUUUGUGGUUGAGCCCGAGGCCGGGGAGCUGAUGGAUGCAACCACCCAGGACAUCCUGCAAUGCGCCAACAUGCUGCUCAGCCCCAACGACCUGUGCUUCCUCUGGCUCUGCUUCCUGUACUUCGUGGAGUUCCGACACCUGCCAGCGUGCCUCUUCUCCACCGAGCGGGGCUCCUUGGGGAGGCUGUGCAGCAAGGACUGCUUCGAGAUCCCCUGGCACGAGCGCCGGACGCUGACGCAGUCGUACGACGCCCUGUGCUGUGCCUUUCACGAGGGCAUAGACGAGCUCGGCGGCCCCGAAAGGUGCCUGCCCCUCUUUGCAAGCCAGCUGGCCCUGAUGGUCUCCCAGGGAAUGGGUUCGGAGGCGGUGGCGCUGUGCGACUCCGUGCUGCUGGACAACCCCACUUGGUCCGAGGGCUGGAUCGAGCUGGCCGAACUUCACCUGCGCCUCGGAGACACCGCCCAGGCCACCAAGGCGCUGAGGAACGGCCUAUCCCAAGUUCCCGGGGACGCCCGGCUGGUGUUCAAGGCGGCCACCGGGAACUUUGAGCUCUCGGGCUUUGAGCUCAGGGAACUGCUCAAGGACUUUGUGGCCACCCACUUUCACAUGGAAGCUCUCUCGACGGACACCCGCAAUGACGGCACCACUGAGUCUCGCGUGGGCUUUCCGAAGCUCCCGAAGAACAGCCAGUGCUCGGCGGUUCACGCACAUCUCAUCUACAUAGAGCUGAUGAAAAAGACGGGAGCAGCCGAAUCGGACAUCACCGAGCUCUACGAAACAUUGGUGACCAUCUCCAGCUCGACAUCUGACGUGCAGCUCGCCUGGUGGUGCUACCUCAACUACUGCCUGCAACGCCCAACGUCGUCGUCGUCCUCGGUGUCCUCGCUCAUCCGCCGCUGCCUGGAGAGUGCGCCCGCCCAGCGGCCACUGCCGGCGGAGCCGCGCAAGGCCUGGCACGACCCCAGUUUCUUCAACCGGGUGCUCGAGUUGCUGCUGUCUCACGUCCCCUCGACGCGCGACCAGGCGGACCUGCUGACGUCUUACCUCGGCGACGGAGCGGCCGGGAAGCGGCGCAACGCGGUCCUGGUGCAACGGGCGGCGGAGCUUUACCUGCAGGCCGGCGACAAGGACGCUGCGGAGACAUUGUUGCGGAGCUGCGUGGUGCCGGGGCUCCAGUCGCUGCGGCUCUGGCAACUUGCCAUACACCUUGCCAUUGUGGACGGAGACAUUUACGAGGUUCACCGGCUGUUCGAAGGAGCCGUCCAGAGUAUGCCUUACCAUGUGGACCUCUGGUGUCACUUCCUCCUCUACGAGCUAACUCAAGGUCACGUUGAGCACGCCAGGAGGGUCGUCGAGUCGGCGACCAAGCAUCAGAUUCCGGGGGCCGAGGAGAUCCUGGAGAGUUUCCUCGGCAAAGAACUGACGGAGGAAGAGGCGCUGAACCGUCUCGGCCUCUACCUCUUGCCUCCCUGAGGCACAGCCCGACGAGUGGGGUCAUGAGGUCGCUCUCUGGGUCACGACCCUUUAGACGGCCUCUCUUGUAAGUACGUUUGACCGGUUGGUUGCUGCCACUGUAGCUCUCUUCUUUCUCUUCUUGUUUCUUUCACCAUUCUGAAUUUCGGACAAAAGGAAAAAAGGACUGGAGGGGGGCCUGGUGGUUGACAUCUGUCACUGUCUUUCUCUUUUUCCUGCAAGGCACCUCUCUUUGUUUAAAACUUGGUGUUGUUGUUUUUUUUUUUGUUUUAUUAAUUUAUGGCUUGCUCGAUGCCUUGCGUACAUAGCAGCACCUCUCUGCAGUGGCACAGCUUUCUUUCUUUUUUUUUUUUUUUUUCUUUUUUUUUUUCCUCUGUCGGGUUGGGUUCAGAUUACCCUCUCAAGAGGGCGUGGGUCGUGGGGGACGGUCCUUCUCCUUUGAUAAGUUUGAGGGGGAAAGACUGUCGUAGCAUCGACAUCGACUUCAGCCAAGUUUCUUCGUCAAGACCUUGCCUCAAGAAGCACGCCGCCAGAAGACUGCAUUGUGGACCAUGUUCCGGAGGUUGUCUUCCGAUUUCCACCGGGAAUUCCCUUUUCUGUGUGUGUGUGGCGCAUUCACGGAUCUGGGGCAACAGGGUUAAGUGGCACGGAGCUCAUCCGGAUCUGGAUCUUCCACCAAGCAUUUGUCGUAGGUGUAGCCGUAGCCAAGAGGCAAAAAGCAGACGGUACCAGAGGAAGAGAAAAAAACGCCACUUCACCGAAGUUGGCAGGGCUCAUGAUCUCAGUGGCGGACGUCAGAGGGACAGGAGAUGAAGAUGACUCGGCAUUUUGUUUCCUUCAGUCCACAAAGGCCUUGAAGGGCCCACCGAACCAGCUGUGAUAUCGACUUCAUCUGCAAGCCUUCCCAGGAACGUGUGCAUCGUGUGAAGGUCCUCGUUCGUUUGUGUGAUUGCAUGGCAGAAGUUUUUUUGUUUGUUUUUUUCAAUGAUAUUGGCCCUCUCUUGCUUUUAUUUUAUUUUGUUUAUAUACAAUUCUUUUUGUAUGUCUGGAGAUGUGAGCAUCCUGUAAAUACCAGUUUGAAAGGUCCCAUUUGUGAAAUGAAUUUAUAGGUCUUUAAUUGCUAGUCCACCUGUUUGUAUAUACUAUACGCCCCUUUUCUUUUUUUUUUUCUUGUCUUUUUGCAUGCCUGUUUCGAGAUGGCAACUCAGGGUCUUGUUUGGGGGUCUUCCUUUUUUUACUGAAUCGUACGUGCCAUGCAAACACACCGUUUAGGGUGCUAGCCAAGUGCCGGAAAAUCUGUACGUGUCUGUCGAGGAGCAAAGGGGCAACAUGACUGCGAUCGAAGCACCUGUCAUUAAAGAAAAAAGAUAUUGCUGCCUUGUUCGAUUAUUAAAGCUUACUUUUGAUA